AUGCACGCCAUGCGCGCCAUUGCCUUCUUCGCGGUUUCCGUAGUAGCUGCUUUCCAGACUGGCCUGGAGGGCCACCUCGUGGAGCCCGCCCCGGUUGGAGCAGUGGCUGCUCGUGACGAAGGCUGUAGCAAGUUACCCAAGCUCUGCACAGAUACGGUGCUGCUCCAUGGCGGCCAGACGAUUCUCACCUAUCUGUGCCCCGAGACUCAGGGCCCGACUGCCACGGUCACUAUCACAUCGACUAUUACUCGUACUGUGACUGGCAGCGCCAUCCAUGCACCAUCUUCUGGUCAGGCUAGCCUUCCUGUCUCUGCUUGCGAUGAACUUACCACAACUACGACAAUCCAGUCAACAACGCAAGUCACAGUUACAGAGAAGGUCGUCAAAGUUAGAACUACUACGACGCCUUCAAUCCUCCCACCACCGGCCACUAUCACUGCUACCUUUACAGCAAUCCCGCUGUCUGAGCUCAAGCCACCGUUCCCCAUCAAGCCAACAUGGUCUGAGUUCAAGAAUGUGUCCACCACGAGUUAUCCGACAGCUACCGGGGCGAGGGCAUCUCCAGUCUUCAACUUGACCUCCCUAGUCAUGAACUUCACCUCUUUCGACUUGGUCUCCACCCACGCACCCACUAACUUGUCUUCGACUGCCUACAUCCCCUCGACUACUACUACUGCUUCAGCCGCCUACUAUCCACAUUCAACCACUAAUAACACAUCGUCUGGCAUUGGAUAUAACUUCCCCAGUUUGAACGUCAUCAGGCAGGUUGAGUCUGCCACGACUGUCACCACCACUGCCUCUGGAGUCACAACUGAGACCGGCAUGGCUGAUGAAAAUGGCGUCUAUUACGUCAUGAAGACUGCCAGCACAGGUAUGGCUGGCGAGAAUAGCAUCUCUUUCGUUGCGCUAUUUCUCGGUAUGGUGGCCACUGCUUUCAUGUUCUGA